AUGAUAGCUAAUUUAUUCUCUUCAUUUGACCCAUCAACUAGAAUUAUUUCGUCAUUAAAUUGAUAUAGAACCAUCAUUGGUCUAAUAAUAAUUCCGCCAAUAUACUGAACUACGCCUUCACGAAUUACUAUAUUAUUUAUUUUAUUAUAUUAUAAACUAUACACAGAAUUUAAAAUUACAAUAAGAAAACCAAAUGCCAAAAUAAACUUAAUAAUAAUUUCAAUAUUUAUAUUCAUUUUAACAAAUAAUAUAAUAGGGUUAUUACCUUAUGUAUUUACUAGCUCCAGUCAUAUAGUAUAUUCACUAUCAUUGUCAUUACCAUUAUGAUUAGCCCUAAUAAUAUACACAUGAAUUAAUUUUACAAACAAAACAUUCACACAUAUACUCCCUAAUGGCACUCCUGCCUUACUAAUACCGUUUUUAGUAUGCAUUGAGACAGUAAGAAAUAUUAUUCGACCUAUAUCCUUAGCAAUCCGGCUAACAGCAAAUAUAAUCGCAGGCCACUUAUUCAUAGUAUUAUUAGGAAAUUUAAUUGUUCAUAGAGAACAUUAUAUGUUAAUUGUAAUUACACAAACAUUGCUAAUAAUAUUUGAAUUAUGUGUAUCAUUUAUUCAAGCUUACGUAUUCACUACAUUAAGCACAUUAUACAUUAAAGAAGUAGCAUAUGAAACAAGACAAAAACCACCCAUAUCAUAUAGUAGAUUACAGCCCUUGGCCUUUAACUGGAUCAAUUGGAGCAUUAACAUUAACCUUCGGAAUAGUUAUUUGAUUUCAUAA